AGCUAGCCGCAGAACCGCAGUCGCGACGCGCCAUCGAACCGAGCUGAACUCGCGCGUGCGCGCUCUCUGUUUCGGAUCUUCGACUCGACAUUCCGCCUGCCACAGGCCGCAAGAAGAACACCACUGGGACAAAGUGCAGCCCGCGCUCGACUUCCGCCGAGGUGCACCUGAUUUUUGUUGUUGUGCCGUUUGGUUUAAGCCGCCAACCGACCGCCCCUGGCGCCCCUGGAUGGCCCAGGCCGAGUGCAGUGCGACAGUGCAAGCGAGAUAAGGCUAAGUGCGCGAGCGGCCGCGGAGAGAAGGAACCUGGGUCUCGUCUUGGCCAGCCAGAGCCGGGAAGCGCGAUCUGCGAUGUUGUGCUCGCCUUGGAGUUGCUCCGAAGCAAUUGGAUUUGGAACUGAGGCCGGUAGAGCGCGUGGAAGGGGAAGAGGAACCAGAGGAAGAGCUGCAGCUGCAGCUGGAAGUGGAAGUGGGGAGAGUGGAUCCGGGGGGCAGAUGUAGAUGCAGCAGAGCCGCCGUUGCCACCGACACCGCCAGAUGAUCGAAUGGUGGUGAUCCUCCUACUGUCGCCAUGCACAUGCAGCCGCAGCAGCAGCAGCAGCCACGCCCACGCCCACGAACCCGCCCACUCAUCACCACCAUCAGCACCACCCAAGCACAAGAGCCUCAAUCAGCAUCAGCAUCAGCACCACCAGCACCUGCACCAUCCACCGCCCACCGCCUCCAGCUCGCCGGAAAGCCGCGACUCCCGGAGCAGCAAUGAGUCCUGCUCCACGGGCGACACCGCCAUUCCGGCGGCCGGCUUCCUGCAGCGGACACCGCCGGCGCCCCAUCCCCUCCAGCCUAGUCAUAGUCGUAGCUACCGACCACUGCCAGCCCCCGGCCCAGGCCCAGGCCCAGGCCCCGCUCCCGUCCACGCCUACCGCCCCGGAGGAUGGGCGCCCCUGCAGUCCUGGCCGAACGCCGUGCCGAACGCCGUGCCGAAGCCGCCGCGUCAGAUCCACCAGAGCCACCCGGUGGUCUUCCGCGUCCACCCAUCACUGCCCCAGCCGAGUCCCAGCCCGCAUACGAAUCCGAAUCCGAUCCCGGGGGGCCAUCAUCCCCGGGGAAACCGCUUUACUAACGCUAACGCCACCACCAACACCACUGACUACGUGCGUCACGUGACCCGGGUUAACUUCUACGACAUUGAUACUUCGCAGGUCGAAUUCGAGUCCAAAGAUGACGAGGAGAGCACCGAGGCCACUGGAAGCAAUUGCGAUACAGAAGCUAUUACCAAAGAAGAGGAGUGGAUUACGAAACGCAAGACAGAGCUCACAACCACCAGACAGAUCGAGACGAGGGUGAAGCGGCAGGUGAAGCUGCAGGAUGGCAAGGUCAUCGAGGACUCCGGGCCCAUUGUCUCCACCAACACCACCGAGGACACCGACAAGCAGGAGACGGAGACCACGGAGAAACGCGACCUCGACCUGCCCGACGACCUCGACGGAAACGCCCAGCUGACCGACGUGGCCGCCCUGCAAGCGGCCGCCGCCAACGAGUCCCAGCUGGCCCAGAUCCAGGAGGUGUUCGGGCCGGCGGACGGAGCCGGGAAGCUGGUGAAGCGAAUGGUCCCCCGGCCGGCGGACGGGCUGGUGCGGCAGGUGGACGACAAGCGGGUCAUCUCCCACGAGGAGGUCAAGGACUACCACGAGACGGAAGACGUCAAGCACCUGGGCGACUUUACAGACCAGACCUACGUAAACGCCGUCAGCCAGGGCGUCGAGGACCUUGAGGCCAUACUCUGCUCCCCGGAGAGCCAGAGGCAGCUGGUGCCGCUGGGACCCCAAGUGGUGGCCAGCCGGAGCAAGUCGCGGAAGACCAUCGAUUCGGAGGACACGCAGAAGCGCUGCCUGGCCCAGGAGGACGGCACCCUGGUGACGGAGAGCCGGCGGACCACCGAGCACGAACUCAUCCUCGACGACGACCUGCCCCCCGGCGACCAAAGGCAUGCCCAGCUGCCGGCGGCGGAGCACGAGCAGGUGACCACGACGGCGGCCAACCAGCGCUUUUUCCGGCAGCGGGACGAGCAGCAUGUGGACCUGCUAGCCAACGGCCGACUGCUGUCCACCGAGAUGCGCUACGCCGCCGAGACGACCCAGAUGGACAAGGACGGAGCCGGGGAGCUGGAGCGCCCGGGCGACUGGGACAGCCUCUCCGACCGGAUGCGCAAGCUGCGACGCUCCCAGCAGCAGCAGCAAAAGGAAGUUGCUCUAUUGGCUGAUCGGAAGGACGCCCUCACAAAGCGGCCCCUUGACUUUGACCGGGAGGAGGAGACUCGUAAGGGCGAAACCAUGAAGUGGCUGGAGUCGCACUUCGGCAGCGAGUCGACCGCCUCGAACGACUCCCGCGACGACGAGGUUGCCCCCGAGGGCGACGUGGUGGAACCCACCAAGAAGAGCUACUUCAACGUGACCAUCAAGUCCCAGAGCCAGCCGCAGCAGCACCCCCAUGCCCACCAGCAUCCUCACGGCCACGCCAAUGUCCACGCCCAUUCCCACCACCAUCCGCACCAUCCGCAGACGCUGCCAAGGAGCGCGGAACGGGAGCGGGAGCGCGAGCGGGAACGCGACAGGGACAGAGAGCGGGAGAGGGAACGAGAGAGGGAGCGGGAGCGGGAAAGGGAGACAGAGAGAGAGCUGGAGCGGCAGAGAGAAAGGGAGCGGGUGAAGGUGGCCACCUUGGAGAGGAAGCCUCCGCCCGGCGGCCUCCAGACCGGUGGCAGUCGCUCCAAAUACUUUCAGGGCAUCUCCAACUGGUCGGACCGCAAGGAUCCGGCUCCUGCCCCGCCUCCUGUCACGGCCGUCAACCACUUCUCGUCGCAGGCCUUCCGCGAGGACCUCCAGGAGACCAUACGGCGCAAGAACCAGGUCUCCGGACGAGAUCCGGCAGGCUCCUUCCUCCCGGAGCAGCCUAAGGACAGCUACGUGAGUCGCGAGGACAUCUUGCAGCAGAAGCGCCAGAGCCUCUCCUCACAGUUUCUGGCCCGCUCCAUGCGGGGCUCCCGCGACGCCCUCGACGAUCUGGAGGCCAUACCGGGCCCGGGUCGUGGGCCGGGACCGCCGCGGCCCGAAGAGCCCUCCCACAAGCGGGUGGCCUAUGGGCACCACCGGCGUACCAGCAAUGGGGUCAAUGGAGCGACAUCCGCAUCGGCUCCCUUGGUGAACGGGCGUGGGAAGAGUUACGAGCCGGCUCCUCCGCCGCCAGCCCCGCCCAUGGAGUUUGGCGGCAAUGGGAACGGAAUGGGCGGAAGCCAUCCGAGACCCACGGUCCCGCAGCGACGACGUGCCAUCGAAAAGAAGCUGGUGGAGCACACGCCUUCUGUGCACUCCCAGGCUCCGCCAAUCCCCGUGCCGGCAGCGAUCGCCGGGCCGAUGUCCUCCGGCAGCCAGCUGGAGCCCCCGCCGGACUACUCGCCCCCGCCGCGGAGCCGCAGCCGCUCGUCCUCGCCCCAGGUGGACUACCUGAUGACCAGGGAGAUGCCCGCCAGCACGAUGACGCUCAGUCGGAAACAGCAGCAGCGGACGCGUUUCGCACCCACUUCCAGCUACCCGCCCGGAGGAGCUGGCACCCUGCACCGGGGUCAUGCCGGCGGAGCCGCCACCUCGGCCUCCACCUCUAACCUGUCUGCCAUGAGUGCCCGCAGCGCCGGUGGGGGCAGCUCCAAGCCCAGCCGCAUGGGCCAGGUGAUUGGCAACUCGCUGCGGAAGCUGGUCAGCAAGAUCAGGUCGGCCAGCGCGGAGCGAAAGUUCCGGAUGAAGUCUUCGGUCAGCAAGUCCCGGGAACAGUCGCCCAGUCCAGGCCACCACGGAGCCAACGGCGGAGGAGGUCCACCACAGGUGACCACCUACCAGCAGUACAAUGUGAUCGAUGGGCACAUUGGCCACAGCCAGGAGUCCGAGGACUCUAAUCAGAGUGACAAUCACAGGAGAAGGGAGCGCGAGCGAGAGAGAGAGCGGGAAAGAGAGAGGGACAGGGAGAGGGAGAGGGAAAGGGAAAGGGAAAGGGAAAGGGAGAGGGAGAGGGAAAGGGACUCCCAGAUGCGUCCCAACUUCAAGCGGGCAGAGUCCGCCGAUCCGCAGCUGCAGAACCUGGAGCAGCAGACCAUUAGUCCCCGGCAGCGGUACUAUCUGGGCGAAGAUCCCUACUCGAGCACCCUGUACGGCAAGGAGAACCUUUACGAGCGGCGGCCACGCCAGCGGCAGUACGAGGAACGGCAGCUGGAGCGAGAGGACGACUACUACGAGCAGCGGGGACCCGGCGGAGCACCUCCGACGGCUCACACCCUGGGCCGGUACCAGAAGAACGGCCAGCGCUUCAGCGGCUCCACGCCCAAUCUCCACCAGCAGCAGCAGGACUACCGCACCGCCCAGACGCUGCCGCGCAAGCUGCACGAGCAGCGCCAAACCCAGGGCCGCUACUAUCCCCCGGCUUCUCAGCCUCCGACGCUUAGCCUCCGGGGAGGGAAUCACCAGCAGCCGCCCAGGGGCCCAUACCACCCCCAGUCGCAGUCGCAGCACCAGCCCCAUCCCACUCCCAGCCAGCUGAACCAGCAGCAGGGUCCCGCCAAGCCGGCCAGGACCUACGCCAAGGUUCUAAACCGGAGCAAGAGCUUCAACGUGCACGGCAUGAACGGCAGCAACGAUCCCAGUCCGAUUUACAUCGAGAAGCUGUCUCGGAACAACUACCCGCCGUCGGGAGGCGGCGGCGGAUACGGUCUCGGCCAGGGGCCAAACGCGAACUACAAGUCCAACCCGCACCUCUUCUCCGGCAAGGACAACUCGCUGAAGAGCGGCCUGAAGAGCCCCUCGAUCGUUAACCUGAUUAGCCGUAGCCAGAAGGACCUCACCAAGAUUGGAGUGGCCGGCCAUGAGGACGAGGACCUGCUGCCGACGCCCUACCCAGAGCCGGACAAGAAGCAGCUCUACUUGCGCGGCCUGCACCAGCAGGCACCGGACCUCUACCGGGUGAUCCACGGCGACGAGGACUACGCCGGACCCGGAACGGCUGGGCAGCGCAGCAACGGACACAAGUAUCCGCUCCAGGCCAAGUACUCGCUGGACUCGCGCUCCCCGCCCUCGGUGGAGCUCAACAAGGACACGGCUAGCAUUGUGCGGAGGAGCAGCGAGGUCGAGCAGCAGGGCCACCACUUGCGUCGCGGAUCUGGGGCCACUAUCAUCGAGCUGCGGACCGGAGGCCACCGCAAGUGAAGGCCUCGGUCGAGAGCCUCCCCCGAGUAUCCCCCACACCUAACCGGAGUAUAAAAUCUGCUAACAAGUGCUCGGCCCAGGGGCUUCAGUUUCAUUUGUCAAGCAGCAAAUAAAAAUGAAAGGCCAAUUGAACUAAACAACGGAAAUCCUUGGAGAGUCCUCGGAGAAUCGUCCUUGGAGAACGUGAGAGCGAAUGUUGCGCGAAGUGGGAUGCGCAGUCCCGCUGUCCUGCCACGCCUUUUCCAAUCGUAAUUCGAUAAUACCAAGUAAUGCCUACGUCUAAUUGCAGUAUCUAUAUCAUUUUUGUUUUUUUUUUUUACUACUAAUAUUGACUUUUUGUUGUAUAGAUGUAUCGUUACAGGAUAAACUAACUAAUAUAACUAAUAUAACUCGAUAAUACUUGCACACGUUUGAUUAAUAAACAAAUUGCAAUUAAAAUAUUAAAUAAAGUGCCAAAAUAAAGACGA